AUGUCGAACUACAAAAACAACAGCCGCAAUUACAACCGCAACAAUAAUAAUAACAACAACCGCAAUAAUAACAACCGCAAUAAUAACAACCGCAACAACAACAAUAACAACAAUAAUAACAACAACAACAGCAACAACAGCAACAACAACAACCGUCUCUCUGUGCACGAACUCCAGCAGGACAAGGAGGUCCUCGACCAUCUCCGCGACAGGAAUGAGUCGCCCGAAGUCAAGGCGGAGUGGUUCUACCAGACCCUCGACCAGAACAAGACGCAGCUGACCCAUGCCGAGCAGAAGGCGGUUGGCCUCGACACGGAGAACACCCAACUCAAGAACCAGCUGCUAGCGCUGACGAAGGCCCUGACCGAGACGGAGAAGCAAUGGCACCGCAAAGAACAGGCGUUGCGCCAGGAGCUCCAGGCGAGCAACAAAAGAGGCAAACGGCACGAGAAGAACUUUAUCAAGUCGAAAAGGGAGAAUGCCAACCUGAAAGUGAGAACCGCGAGGCAGGAAGAGCUGUUCAACGAGGCACGGGAGAGGUGUCGGCAGAUGGGCCAAAAUGCCAAGCAUCGCAACAAGAGCUUGAAGGACUUGCAGAACCAGCUUGUCCGGUACAGCAAGGAAGUAGGAGAGGCGAAAAAAGAACUGCAUCAUAGUCUGCAGAGAAACAGCUAUAGUGACGAAAGCGUCGAAUCGCUGAACGACAAGUUGGAGGAGGAGAACUCGUGUCUCAAUGAGAAGCUCCGCCGUGCAGUUCGAAUGGCAUCUGCCCAGGACGACGCCCUAUACCUGGUUGCGAAGGGCAAGUCGAAGGAAGAGAUACAGAAAAAGAACAAAAAGAAUAACAGCACAAGAAAUAGCCAACAAGACGACGAGAUGGUCGAUGUCCUGGAUGAAACGAACCGAAGUCAACUCCUGGAGGGUUUCAGCCAGAAAUUAGCGGCCUUUACCAACUACGCCAAAAGCUCACACGGUUACGAUACAGCCUACGAUCAUGAUAUGGCAGAUCCGUCCGCAAACCCGCAUAACGAUCUCAGAACUGGAGUGAAAUGGUGGCGCGGGGGAGAGGAGGAGGCCCCGGAGGAGAGGAAAAAGAGAAAGAAACGGGAGAUCCCCCAGAGCAUGGUUGCCCAGCUCUGGAACCAACCCCGGGAGACCAUGCUGGUGGAUCAGGGCUCCAGCGUGUGGGUGGAAGAGCCCCGGGUGCCGCUGUACCUGCCGCCGACCCCGACCGAGCCCCGAUUCGAGGCGAGAUCGCGCAAACGGGGGUUCGCGGACUUCAGUCUGGAAGGCGAAGCCAUGGCGCCGGACCCUAUUCUGGAGAUGGGCGACCACCUCAAGCGCAUGCGCAUGGGCGACUUGGAGUUCGACUUCGAGUGGCCGUCCCAGGCGCCGGACAGCGGAUUCAUGGCCAUCACGAAGAUGCUGGACGACAUGAACGUCUCGCGGACCUACCUCGAUGAGAUCACCCCGGAGACGGCGCUCGAGCAGUUCCUGGUGGUCAUCCAGACCGCGAUGGCGACGGAGAUGCAGCGCACGCCGACGAUUGAGGAGCUCCUCGAGAAAGUCGUCUGGUACCUGAAGGAGGCCUCGGUCGUCAACUUCAACCAGCUCCAGAGCCGGUUGGAGCAGUCACAAGCGCUGGCAUUACCGCCGCCGCCGCCAUUGGUCCCCAAGGCGCGGGUCAUUUCCGUGAAGCAGCCAACCGAGCAGGCGUCCACAGCGCCGGCCAAGGUCCUCCCCCGCGAGAAGACCCGAUUCGUCGGCCCCAGCUACCUCCCGCCCACGCACAAGCCCACCAUGCUCCGCAGCAGCUUCCCCACCACCGCCAAGGAAUGGACGAAGCUGUCCGCCGACCAAGACUACCGGAAGGAGGUCGAAGUCCAGAAACCCGCCGACCCGUCCGAGUCCGAGUACGUCCUCCAGCCCCACGAGCCGCGCGACUUUCGGAAGUUCGGCGGUGCCAUCGACUUCGACCCGCCGAAGCAGCGCCCUUGGCUGCGGCGGCUGGGCUGCGUCGGAGGGCUCUGCGCCUUGGCUUACAUCGCGCUCAGCCGGUACUACGCGGCGCAGAAUUCGGCCUCGCUCUGGAUGGACUCUAAUGAGGUCCCCCUGGAGCUCUUGCGGGUCUUGCGCAAGAGCCACAUCGACGAGCACGAGAUUGUGCAAAUCAUGCGGUAUGGUGCGGCUAGAUUUGCGGAUCUCAAUGCGGGGAUAUUGGGCUGA